GCUCGAUCCCAAAGCAGAACGCCAAAAAAUUUCAGAGUUUCCUGUUUCACGUAAAAUUUUACACGACUUUUGUGUGUUAGAGUGUUUGUUUUGUCUUGACCUUCUUCUUCCUGGGUUCUAUACAAGACAUUCCAGGGAAAUUUCAAAAAUGUUCGGCGGGGGUUUCGGAAACCAAAACCCUCCGUCUCAGCCAGCGGGAACGGGUUUGUUUGGAUUUUCUAACCCUACAACGACGACACAGACGUCCGCACCAGCGUUGUCUUCGCUUUUUGGUACUACGGCACCGUCGGCAGGACAGCAACCGUCUACUUUCAGUUUCGGGCAGCCAGCAGCAGCGCCUUCCACAACUGCUGGCUUCGGUUUAUUCGGAUCUCAGCUUCCUGCCGUUUCUGCGUCCGCUCCAUCUGCCUUCACUUUUAACAGCGCACCGACUGUGACGACAACGGCGGCGUUGCCGAGUUUCAGUACAUUUGGGUCUCAGUCCGGAGGCUCCCUGUUUGGAGCGGGUGCUGCGCCGACUACAACUUCUCAGCCCUUUUCCUUUGGUAUUGGACAGACAACGGUACCCACUUCGGCACCAUCGUUGUUCGGGAAUUUCGGCGGUGCAGCGCAGAAUGCUCCGGCCGUUGCCGCUUCCACAUCUGCGUUCACGUUUGGCGCAGCGCCUGCAGCGACAACCGCGGCGGCUGCUUCCCAACCUGGGACUUUCGGAUUUUCCUUUGGUCAAUCGACUCCUGCUGGGACGGGUUUUGCGGCUGCUCUUCCGCCAGCCGCCGCGCCAACAACAGGCUCGCUCUUCGGUGGUUUACAACCCACUCAGCCGGGCGUCGCCGCAGCGCCAACGGGAACGCUGUUCCAACCUGCGGCAACCCGGGCUCAAGCAACUCCUGCUGGAACGGGGUUUUCCUUUGGACAAACUCCCGCUGCACCGGCCGUGACACCGACGGUAGGACUGGGAGCAGCGCCGACAAGUACGUCGACAUUUAACUUUGGAUUUGCUCCGGCAACCACCGCGACUUCGUCCAUGUUUGGUAAUUUGAUGAGCGGAACUACCCAGCCGGCACCUGCAACGACCAGCGUACUGCAGCCUGCCUCCACUGCAGCAGCAACAGCGCCUUCUUUCGGAGCAUUUUCGUUUGGUCAAUCUUCGGUGCCGGCUCCGGCUAUCGGGAACACCACAGGUUUCUUAUCUGCGCCGAUUGCAUCAGUAUCCGCGGCUGCACCGGUCACCACAGCGCAGUCCAUGUUUGGAAAUUUAACCGCACCACAAUCCGCUGCGGCUCCGGCAGCUUCCAUUUUUCCCGCCUUGGGUGCGACAUCUCUGGGUUCUGCCGCUCCUACUCUGGGAACAACAGGGUUUUCGUUUAGUUCGCCCGCGGUGCCUCCGACCGUGACACCUAAAUUCACUGGUUUUGCAUCGGCGGCACCGACUACAACUGUCCCAACUGUCGUAACGAGUGUUGCACCAGUAUUCACAGCUUCGUCAGUACCGCAGUCCACCACAACUGCAGCUCCGACUUCUUCGAUUUUCACGGCUAUGGGAACGACUCCUGUGGUUUCCGCACCACAAGCCACACAGCCGGCGACACAGGGGUUUUCAGGAUUUUCGUUUGGCGCAGCGACGGUGUCGGCGCCAGCAACCACUAACAUUCCCAGUUUUGCCGCGACACCGCAGACGACAGCAGUGUCUAGUGCUGUACCAGCACAGCCAGCUUUUACAGCGUCGUCUGCGCCGCAGUCCAAUGCUGCUCCAACGACUUUGGUUUUUACCACCAUUGGUACGACUCCGAUCGUUACCGCCACCACUCAGGGAGCUUCGGCUGUCCCCACUAGCACGACGCCUGCCACUGCCACUAGUGGUCAGGUUUUAAGCAGCACGAUUCAGCCCACAUCCAGUGAUAUCAGCGAAGAGGAUAAAAAGUUUUUAGAUCGGCUGAGCAAGAUGACUUAUGAUGAAUUUGAUUCCUAUCUGGAGGAUACGAAGCGCCUCGUGGAUCAGUUGGAGGAGAACUGGAUUCAGAGCACAUUGAAACUUAACGGCUUUUUGUCGAUGCGCAAAGACAAUACGAAAGCGAUGUGGUUACUGCGGGAAAAGGUUCAGACUCUGUGGGAUUUUGAAACUCGCGUCGAGCGCACACUGGCAGCUGUGAGUUUAAGCAUGGCCCAGAUUGAUGAAACAUUGACAUAUUUGGAGAAGCACGCCACGGAUCCUGACGAUUUCUUCAAGAAAAAUGCCAAACGAAUAUCUGCCGAAGAUCGAUAUCGCGCUAACUGCUACAAAACGUUGGAUCUUCUCUAUCGAGAAGUGAGGAUUGCUUUGAGUGAUAUCGAUAUUUCUCGUAAACGUCUGAUGAAAAGCCUUAUCAAGGAGGAUGAAGUUCGGGAUCUGCUUGGAAGCGAAAAAAUGUUAACCGGUCAACUCGCCCCACAGUUGCUGAUGGAAAACCCGUAUGUUUUGGGAACUAUUGCAUCCAUGAUGAUGAAGGAUAUCAAAGAAGUUAAACAUGGACAACGGCAAGCUUUGACGAAACUGCGAUUCCAGAACAAAUCCGAAGCUGGCACCCAAUCUCGCUGAAGUUAAAUGUUUUGUAGUAUUUUUGCGCUUGCUCGUUCCGUCUGUCAAGAUGCGAUCUUUUGUAGAUUUUUUUGUAAUGAAGGCAAACGUUUUUCAAGUGCAGUGCACACAGGUUUGACCUGUUCCUGGUUGUUUUAGCCUGUUCAUGAAACGAUUUUAUAAGGUUUGCUAUAUGAACCAAAAGACAUUGUUGGAUCUUGAAUAACGAGUGACCUCAUGUAAUAUGUUCACUAUUGCGGCUGACUGAUGUUAGGUCGAAUCGGGGAUGUCAGGUCGAUUUGCGCAAUGUUGAAGGAUCAUGUUUCUCAUACAACCUAAAUUGCUUUAAUUU